AUGAAGAAGACCUUUAAGGAUUCAUUGAAAGCGCUCGAAGCUGAUAUUCAGCACGCCAACACUCUGGCUUCAGAUUAUUCAAGGGGUUAUGACGGCUCCUGCGUUCAGAUGAGGCUGUCUUACAGCCCGUGCGCCAACUUUUUCCUCUUUCUCGUACAAUGGGCUGAUUGUCACCUAGCCGGUGCACUUGGGCUGAUUAGGAUACUUAUUUAUAAGGCAUACAAGGAUGGGAAGACAACUAUGUCUGUUUAUGAAAGGAAAGCCAGCUUGAGGCAAUUUUAUGGUGUGAUAUUCCCAUCUCUGCUGCAACUUCAUAAGGGAAUAACCGACAUUGACGAGAGGAAACAGAGAGAGAUCUGUGAGACUAAAUACAGGAGAACUGACGAGAUGGAUAAGGGUAAGAUGUCUGAAAUUGAGAUUGAGAGAGAGGAAGAAUGUGGGAUUUGCAUGGAAAUGGAUACUAAGGUUGUCUUGCCGACUUGCAACCAUUCAUUGUGCAUGAACUGCUACAAGAGCUGGCGGACCCGAUCCCAGUCGUGUCCGUUUUGUAGGGACAGUCUAAAAAGGGUGAAUUCUGGGGAGCUUUGGAUCUACCCGAGCAAUUGUGAGAUUGUUGAUUUAUCCAUCAUUGCACGAGAAAAUCUGAAGAGACUAAUCAUGUAUAUCGACAAGCUGCCUCUUGUUGUUCCAGAUUCGGUAGUGGUUUCUUAUGAUCCUUGUGUUCGAUGA